AUGGCCACUUCUAAAUCCUCCCUACUCUCGGCCACCCUUGCGUCUGGAUCGAGUCUAGUUCUACUGCAGCUAUUCUCCCGGAUCAUCACUUUUGUCCUGAAUCAAGCUCUCGUUAGGCUCGUUUCUCCUCAAGUCUUCGGCACUACGUCUAUCCAAUUUGAGCUUCUACUCUCCACCAUCCUGUUCCUAUCUCGCGAGGGCGUUCGGAAUGCUCUACUCCGCGCACAAACGAACACCCAACAUUCACCAGAUGAAGCUACAGCAAGGCGUCUCAUCACCAACGUCUCCCUACUCCCAGUCUUGCUUGGCGUACCUACUGCGGCCUUCUCCGCGUUCGCAUACCUGGUCAUGAGCUCUUCGAUAACUUCCUCGCAGCCCCAUUUCCGCACCAGCGUCGUUCUCUAUGCUCUCGCUGCCUUUUCCGAACUGCUAUCUGAGCCCAUGUACAUUCGCACCCAGAACGAACUCAGAUUUCAAGUGCGGGUACGAGCAGAAGGGACAGCCGUGGUACUGAAGACCGUCACCACCUUUCUGGUCCUAGUUCGCGCCCCCGAGGAUUGGGCCUUGGUCGCAUUUGCGCUCGGGCAGACUGCGUACGGUCUGACCAUGCUCCUCUCCUUUACGGUAGCCUGUCGUGACAACCUUGACUUUCGUCCGAAACGAGUCACCGUUACGAAGGCGGAUCGUACGGAUUCCCUAUUCUUCGAGCCUGCUCUCUUCAGACUUUCUGUCGCCAUGACUGGACAGUCGGUUGUCAAGCAUUUCCUGACCGAGGGCGACAAAUUCUUGGUCUCCCGACUAAGUCCUUUGGCUGACCAAGGAGGAUACGCCGUCGCAGCUAAUUACGGCUCGCUCAUCGCCCGGAUUGUGUUCCAACCAAUCGAAGAGACCGCACGCGUCUUCUUCUCGAAAACGCUGCCUUCUCCAUCCUCCGACUCGAAGGCCAAGGAGCAGAAGGACGCUCUACGCACGGCGGCCACCGUCCUGCUCACCCUCCUCCUCGCUUUCACCCACCUCCUCCUUCUCGCAGUCACAUUCGGCCCCCCAUACCUCUCCCUCGCCAUCUCUCUCGUCCUCCCGCGCAAGUAUCUCGCGACCUCCGCCCCCGCGAUCCUCCACGUCUACGUGUACUACAUCCCGAUGAUGGCCUUUAAUGGCGUCCUCGAGGCCUUCUUCGCCUCCGCCGCCUCUCCCGCCGACCUUCGCGCGCAGAGCCGCUGGAUGCUCGUUUUCUCGGGGGUGUUCAUCGCGGCCGCCGUCGGCCUCGCGCGCGGCCUGGGCAUGGGCGACGCGGGCCUCGUAUGGGCUAACGUCGCCAAUCUGACGCUCCGGGCCGCAUACGCGUGGGCCUUCGUGCGCAGGUUCUUCCGCGAGCGCGGGGCGGCGGAUGCGGUGGGGUGGAGGCGUGCGGUUCCCCCGAUGCCGGUCUUGGCGGUGUUUGCGGGUGCGGGCGCGCUGGUCCGAGGGAGCAGCGCGGCGUACGCUCACGUCCCGCUCAACUUGAUCGCGCAGAAAGGUCACUUAGCGACGGGUGUUGCUUGUAUAUUGGGCUGCUUGCUGACGUGCGUUGUGUUUGAGAGGAAAACGGUCAUGCAACUAGUCGCGUCGUUGCGGAACGCUCGGUAA